UUGUAGUGUUCAAUACGAAGAUAAAUACGAAUAUAAAUUUGAGACAUGAGCCUUCUCAGGAUUCACUGAUGCAAAAAGAACCUAAAAAAAUUACAAAUGGAGGAAUUACUCAUCAGAAUUAUUCAGGUACAACCAGCUACAGUUUCCUGAAGACUAUUACCCGAUGUUCUCUAAACUUGAUCUGGUGAAGAAGAAUGGCGAACCUGCGAAGUCCUCGUCGAAAUGCCUGGAUCCGGUGGACACCACUGACGAGACAGCAGUUUCAACAAAUCCUGAACAAGAUGUCAUAAAGCAGGAAGUAAAGUACAGUGAGGAUGACGAGGAAGAUCUUCCUUUGGCGUAUCACUGUAAACUCUGCGGUGUUUUCUUUGCCUCGCAGUCUUUGUUGGAUAAUCAUGAGAUCGAGCACAAAGGUAAGCGGAAGAAUACAUGUGCCCAAUGCGGCCGGAUCUUCAGAACUGGUAUUAGUCUUCGCAAACACAUGAAAACGCAUUCGGUACGUAAAAGCAGUCGCAAAAGCAACUCUUCAGGAGUGAGUGAUCGUAUCGCAUCAUUGAAAAAGGUGAAGAAAGAAAAGCCUGAGCUAGAGUUUCUUUGCAAAACUUGUAACAAAGUUUUCCGACACAAAAGCAAUUAUCAGAAACAUUUAUUGCGCCACACAGUAGGCGAUCUCCCUUGCAAACAUUGCCCCAAAAAAUUUCGGUUGUUUCGUGACUUAACGAGGCACGAGAAGACACAUUUCCUACCGAGUUACAUGUGCAAGGAGUGCGAUUACGAAACUACUGUUUUGGCGGCUCUGAGCAUUCACAUGACGCGACAUAUGGACAAAGCGGAUCUGCCAUUCAAAUGCAAUGAAUGCGAUAAACGUUUUCGUAAGAAGCUCGAUCUUCAGGAACACUAUAACAUUCACUCGGGCGAGAAGCCGUUUGUCUGUCAGCUCUGUAACAAUGCCUUCUACUUGAGACGACAGCUUUCCGCACACUGCAGACGCACGCAUCCCGAGCUGAAGGCUAACAAAGUGACUAGCACUGCUUGUGACAUUUGUGGCCGCGUACUUGCCACGAAGAGGUCGCUCUUCCGACACAAGGAAAGCCACAAUCCGACAAAGCUGUAUCUUUGCGAUUACUGCGGAAAGAGUCUUAGUAGUGCUGAACACUUAAAGAAGCACAGGAGGAUCCAUACCGGGGAAAAACCUUACGUUUGCGACAUCUGUGGAAAGGGUUUCACCGAUUCCGAAAAUCUGAGGAUGCACAGAAGAGUACAUACGGGGGAGAAGCCGUACAAAUGUGACCAGUGUCCGAAAGCAUUCUCACAGAGAUCGACGUUGACUAUUCACAAACGCGGACACACCGGGGAACGACCUUAUGUGUGCCAGAUAUGCAAUCGUGGAUUCUCUUGCCAGGGCAAUUUAACGGCCCAUCAGAAGUCUACGUGUGUUUAAGAACUUUGACUUGUUUUAUGAAUGACUUCUUGUUGAUGACGCGAUUUUCGUUGACGACUACAUAAACGAUAAUAACAGUGCGAUAGUACGUGCUUACACGUUGUUGUUGCUUAUAUAUCGUAACAACAGAGCAGACAGAAAUUCAAAAAAGUUUUGAAUUAUUAUAGAUUAUAUUAUCUAUCACUACGUUGAUGUUGGACAAUGUCGACGGAGCGUUAUACUCACGAUAUUCCCGAUACUUCUCGAUAAAUUUCUACAAUAUCUUUUGUACACUGGUUGUAACGUUUGUGUAAACUGUGCGACGCUCAAGAGACAAAAUAACGCGCGAUAUUUGUCCGUUCGGUUUUUCAUGAAUUAUACGAUUAUACAUUUGUACUAUCGUGCUCAAAGUGUUCCGUUACGAAUAUUGUUGUUCUAUUUUUUCAGUGUAGAUAAGGAUAACUUGUAAGCCGAAUAAUGCCAAUGUUGUUG